UUCGCGGGGAGAGCGGGCGGCAGGCAGAGCAGUGUGGAGAGAAAAGAGGGACAUCUUGACAAACUCAUAAAAACAACAUGUCGGGACGGUCAGUGCGAGCGGAGACCAGGAGCCGGGCAAAGGAUGAUAUCAAAAAAGUGAUGGCGGCCAUCGAAAGGGUCCGCAGAUGGGAGAAGAAAUGGGUCACUGUAGGGGACACGUCCUUAAGGAUCUUCAAGUGGGUCCCUGUAACAGAGACCAAACAGAUAUUUAAGACAAAAGGCUCUGCUGGGGCAGUGAGGGAACUGAAAGGAUUUCCUACAGACGUGGUGCUGGAGAACGCUCGCUCAGUCCUACUGGAUUUCCAGGACGACAACAGUAACCAGAGCUUCUUAUCGGAUGCCUAUCAGCCCAAUAAUAAAGUGGACAGCAGCAGUAACUCUAGUCCGCAUGCCAGCGGUGCCGUCAGCCCUUCUCACACCCCUUACUUCCGCACAGAGGACUCCCAGCCGCCCACUCUGGGACAGGAGACCAUGGAAGAGCCAUCAAUGACCAGCAGUGAAGUUACAGAUGAGCCCCCAACUUUGAUAAAAGAGGAUUUGCUGCCCCUUUCUGCUCAGGAGGACGAGGAAGUGGCGGUCGCUCCACCGUUGAAAAGAGUUUGCACAGAAGAAAAGUCCGGUCUAAGUUAGUGGCACCAUGAUAAGUUCCGGUCACCUGUGCCCACUGAACUGAAGAGGGCAGCCCUGUUGUCCACUUGGACUAGUAUCAUCUCAUAGAGAUGGUAUUCUGUAAAAUUUGCAGCUGACAGAAAAACAGCAACUUCACAACUUCAGAAGACUGCAAGGCACAAGCUGUGAAAUGCUUGGGAAGCCGUUUUGAUAUCCACAAGAUUUGAUAUUUCUCCCACUAAAUAUUUGAAUUACUUGAAAAAAAGCCAUUAGUAUUAUAUUUUGUAAAUACAGUUCAAAUGAAACUGAGAGGGAACCUAAAUGCAGUUAUGGUGUAUCGUGGCUUAAUGCAUAUCGCUGUCGUCAGAAGAAAACCUUGUAUCUCCGAAAUGGUAACUUUACAGGAGAAGAAAAAAACUUACUUUAUUUUUGAUGUAAGUCAAAGGAACCAGAGUAAUGUUGGACCAUUUCUUUUGGUCCAUUACUCAAGAAGUUUAAACACAAUGUGAAGGACAACAGGCACUUUCAAAUUGUGUCAAAAACUGAAAAAUGGAGAUGAGGUUUUGUUCCGACAGCAGCGAUAUGUUUUAAGUCCUUUUGAAAAUCUAGUUUAUUUCACCUUUUUUAAUUCAGUGUUUCUGCAGAAUAUCUUUUUUUUUUUUUUACUGUCUUUGCUUUAUGGAUGUGUAUUACUGCAUGCUGCGAGGGACAGUUUCUUACGCCCCAGUCAGGAAUGGUCAAAACUGCAUGUUAGUGUAUUAAAGGUUGAGCUGAGCUAAACAGUCAGUGGAAAUGUGAGCUCAUUGUAGUUCACAGGACAAGUUCCAUACAUACUGAGACUGACAUACAGUCGUUUAACACUAUCAAUGUUUUUUUUUUUUUUUGCAGUUGCAGCAGUUCCUGAUUGGGGCUUUAUUUAUACAUGUAAAGCUAAUCAAGUUUGUGAAUUGCAGACCUGCACAUCAACUAUGAAGGAUUUCACAUUUCAUAUUCCUUGAUUUUUCCUUUUAACUGUAAAUAUGAUGGUAUUUACGAUACCUUGGUAAGAAUAUUUUGCCAUAAAAAAUAAAAAAUGUGGGCUAUCCAUACUUUUAGA